UGUAUCUUUACAGAACACAACAGGAAUUGAAAAUGAAUCAGAGUGCUACUGAGCCUGUGGCAGCCACUGAAACGCUGGCCGAGGUACCUGAACAUGUGUUGCGAGGACUUCCAGAGGAAGUGAGACUUUUCCCAUCUGCUGUCGACAAGACCCGGAUCGGUGUCUGGGCCACUAAACCAAUUUUAAAAGGCAAAAAGUUCGGGCCAUUUGUUGGUGACAAGAAAAAAAGAUCUCAGGUUAAGAAUAAUGUAUACAUGUGGGAGGUUUAUUACCCAAAUUUGGGGUGGAUGUGCAUUGAUGCCACGGAUCCAGAGAAGGGGAACUGGCUGCGAUAUGUGAAUUGGGCUUGCUCAGGAGAAGAGCAGAAUUUAUUUCCACUGGAAAUCAACAGAGCCAUUUACUACAAAACUUUAAAGGUAACAGUAUUAGAAUUAGUCUACUGUUAG